CGUGCUUGGUUUUAUUGGAGAGUUUAGCCUUUAUUGAUCUGUUUUAGAUGUUUUAACGCGGAGAUAAUCUUAUCUAAAUUUAAAUAUUUAAGCUGCUGUUAGCUUGAGGACAGAGAUGCCUUCGCUGGAGCUGAACGGAGUGACGGUUGAUUUUCCUUUUACUCCGUAUGAAUGUCAAAAAGACUACAUGAGAAAAGUCCUGCAGUGUCUGAAGAAUAAGGAGAACGGCGUUCUGGAGAGUCCCACGGGCACCGGUAAGACCCUGUGUCUGCUGUGCGCCACGCUGGCGUGGAGGGAGCACUUCAGAGACGACAUCUCUGCUCGCAAGAUUCGCAGCCGGAUGAACGGGGAGGAGAUGUUUUCAAAAACGCCCCCCGCCUCCUGGGGGACGGCUGCUGCUCCGGACGGAGAUAAACCGAUGUUUUAUACAGAUGUUCCAAAGAUCAUCUACGCAUCCAGAACACACGCUCAGCUGGCACAGGUCAUCAGUGAGUUAAAGCACACGUCAUACAGGCCCAAGGUGUGUGUGUUGGGGUCCAGAGAGCAGCUGUGCAUAAACCAGGAAGUGAUGCGUCAGGAGAGCAACCACGUGAAGGUCCACAUGUGCAGAGGAAAAGUCUCCACCAGGUCGUGUCAUUACUACAACAACGUUGACGAGACGAGCUGUGACAGAGAGCUGGUGAAUUCCAUCCUGGACGUGGAAGAUCUGGUGAAGUUUGGCAGCAAACAGAAGGUCUGUCCGUACUACCUCAGCCGCUCCCUGAAGCAGCAGGCAGACAUCAUUUUCAUGCCGUACAAUUACCUGCUGGACCCAAAGAGCCGCAGGGCACACAACAUCGAGCUGAACGGAGCCGUGGUCAUCUUCGAUGAAGCUCACAACGUGGAGAAGACGUGUGAGGAGUCCACGUCCUUUGACCUGACUCCCUACGACGUGGCCUCAGCCAUCUCUGCGGUGGACCGGCUCCUGGUGGAGAAGGCUAAAGAGGUCGGACGAAACGACGCCGUCACUGAAGACUUCAACGUAGAGUCGCUCGGCUCCGGUUUAAAGUUGGAUAUAGCCAACGUGGCUAAGAUCAAACAGAUCCUGUUGGACCUGGAAGCAGCCAUCGAUUCUUACGAUGCUCCCAGCGACAGAGGCAUCACCAAACCUGGAAUCUUCAUCUACGAGCUGCUGGAGCGAGCCCACCUGACCUAUCAAACCAAGACGGUGGUCUACGAGACUCUGGAACAGAUCAUCUCACAUUUAGCCUCACAACCAGGAGUUUUCCUCAAUACGAACGGACUGCAGAAGCUGGCUGAUAUCCUCCAGUUAGUUUUCUGUGGCGAGCCGGAAAAAAAGGACCAACAGAAACAGAAGGAGCUCAACUCCAAUCAUUUUAAGGUUCACAUCCAUCGAGACAACAGCUCCUUUAAGAAGAAACAGUCUGUAGAUCUGUGGUCUUCAUCAUCAAAGAAACAAGGAAACGUUCUGAGCUACUGGUGCUUCUCUCCGGGCUUCAGCAUGCAGGAUCUGAAGAAUCAGGGGGUCCGCUGCAUCAUCCUGACCAGCGGGACCCUCUCUCCUCUGACCUCCUUCACCUCAGAGAUGAGGAUAGAGUUCCCCGUGCUCCUGGAGAACGGUCACGUCAUCGAUCGGGACCAGAUCUUCGUCAGCGUGGUGGACCGAGGUCCAGACGGAGUCCUGCUGAGCUCAGCGUUUGAGCGCAGGUUUGUUCCUGAGAACAUGGCGUCAUUAGGGAACACUGUUGCCAACGUCAGUCGCGUGGUUCCUCACGGCCUCCUGGUGUUUUUUCCUUCCUUCCCUUUGAUGGAAAAAACUCUGGAGUUCUGGAGAGCUAACGGCCAAGCGGAUCGCAUCGAGAACAUCAAACCCAUGUUUGUGGAACCCAAAGGGAAGGGAACCUUUAAUGAGGUGAUCGAUGGUUAUUACAGUAAAGUUAACGAUCCAGCUUCAAAAGGAGGAAGUUUCUUCGCCGUGUGUCGCGGGAAGGCCAGCGAGGGUUUGGAUUUCGCCGACACCUUCGGUCGAGGCGUCGUCAUCACCGGCCUUCCUUUCCCCCCCAAACUGGACCCUCGGGUCGUCCUGAAGAUGCAGUUCUUAGACGAAAUGUGCCGCAGGAAAGCUCCGGGGAUGAAGUUUCUGUCGGGGCAGGACUGGUACAGGCAGCAGGCCUUCAGGGCCGUGAACCAGGCCAUCGGCAGAGUGAUCCGCCACAAGGAGGACUACGGAGCCAUCUUCCUGUGUGAUCAGAGGUUUAAAAACUCUAACGCUCUGGCGAACCUGCCCUUCUGGGUCAGACCUUACGUUCGCCUCCACCAAACAUUUGGGAACAUGGUCCGCGACGUGUCCCAGUUCUUCAGGGUGGCUCAGAAACUAAGGCCCGUGGCCGUAAAGACGCCUGCAGCAGAACCAUCUGCAGCUGACAGUUUAUCAGACGCCUCCUGCUUCUCCUCCUCCUCCUCCUCCUCCUCCUCUGCUGGAAGCUGCUUCGCCCAGAAGGCCAAAGUCCUGGACGCUCACCUUCCCAGCCUGAAGCGGAGACGAGUCGAUGAAAACAGCGGCGCCAGUGGAAUGCCGAGAAUCUGCAUCGAGUACGAGUCUGAAGGUAAGGAGAGCCAGAGGAGACCAGCCAACCUGCUGGAUGCUCUGGAAAGAGGUGAUCAGUGCCACAGAGACCCUGCUGCUGAAGAGACGGGCCGUUUGUCCACGCUGUCCCUUCAGCAUGAGAAGAGGAUGGAGGAUGAACUCCGAGGAGGGAAACGAAAAAUAAAGUUGGUCCAGGAGCCGAAGCAGAGCGUCUCUGAGGAAGGGAAGCCCAGCAGGGCCAGGCAGCACCUGGCAGACAUGAAGAAGUCUCUGAGUAAGGAGAACUUCGACCGGAUCGUUGCGGCCCUGCAGGCCUACAAGAAUAACGACCGGCUGGACGAGCUGCUGGCAGAGACCUCGGUCCUGUCUGAAGACUGGAACACUCACAGUCUGCUCCGAGGCUUUUAUCAGUUCRUUCGAGCGCACCACAAGAAGAGGUUUGAUGAGAAGUGCCAGGAGCUGACCGGACUGGGCUGCGGGUACAAACCGGAACACUCGCUGUCCAAGGAGGAGAAGAAGGCCUUGAUGCUGCAGAGCGGUGCAGAGAAUCAGACGUCUGCAGGCCUGAGCUCCACCUGCGGUCAGCUCGACACACAGCAGCUCAACAAGGGGGGACUCCACCUGAGUCAGCAGGGGUUGAAGGAGGUCCAGAAGGAGGUCCAGACCGGUCCUGCUCAGAAGAACCAGGUCCACGCCGCCUUCCUGGCCGACGUGAAGAAAGCCCUCGGGACGGAGCGGUCCGCUCAGCUCUUCCAGGCCGUCUCCAGCUACAAGACCACGGACCGCUACGAGGACCUGGUGUCCACGGUGGUCAGCCUGUUCACGGAGCGAGACGAGAACUUCUCCCUGCUGAUCCGGUUUGGGACGUUUGUUCGCCCGCGUCACAAGAAGCAGUACCAGGAGAUGCUGGAYGCUCUGAUUGGUCAGCCCAGCUCGGCCGCCGAGGUUCCGGCUCUGAACAAGGAGCAAGGAGAAGAAGAAGUUUCUCCGUCGCCUCCUUCAAAAACACAAAGCAAGAUUUCCAGUUUUUUCUUCAGAAGCCAGAGGAAGUAGAUCGGAACUGAACUUUCUGCAGAUUUGGUGUCAAACAGCAGCGACUCGAACACUUUCCUCUGUGAGGGAUGCUCGGGGGCAAUAAUGGAAAUCUGAUCGUUGUGGAUUUUUUAUCAGAAAUGGACAAAACUCCUGAGUUCAAACCUCUGUAGUUUAGUUUUUCUGCAAAAUAAAACAAAGGAAGCGUUUUUUGAACAUGAAUUGAUCAAUGUCAAAAAGUGUUUUUCUAUUUUUAUUAUUUGUUUUUAUUCCAGACUGAUUUGAAUUUUUUUCCCCUCAGUUUAUAUUUUGUUUUUUGGAACUAUACAGAGCCCGCGAGUGGACAUGGGGGGAUUUUUUUCUUUUGCGUUGCCACUCAAUACUGUUGCGUUACCUGCAAACGUUUGUUUUGUAAAUGAAUUGAAUUAAAUCAGAUUUUUAUUUUGUAAUAUCCGGUUACCAAAACAGGAUGUGUCRCCACAAGUUUGUGAAAUUGACAUUGAUGUUGCGUGGCUGUGCUGUGUUCAAAUAUCGACAUCUGACAUACUUCCAUGUGUGUCUGUGUGAUAUAUUCAAUCUGAAGCUGAGUUAAAGCAGUAGGCUAACUCGCUAAUGGUGAACAUGUGAGUUUGUUAAUAAACCGACAGCACAACAGUGAUAAACGACUUUUGAGAGGGAACACAAACGAUAUUGCGAGGUGACGCAAUACUAUUGCGUGGGAACACAAAAGAGAAAAAAAAAUCUCCCCUAUGUCCCCUCGCAGGUUCAGUAGCACUUCAUGAAAAUUUAAGAGAAAAUUAAACUUCUGAACCACUUUUUUUAUAAUGCAAUCAAGCAAUGUUAAUGAGAGUUACAUGAAGCUGUUAUUAAAACACAUUAAAUGUUUUAUCAUAUUUAUGUUUGUGUAUGAAAUUAAAGUCACGCGAAGAGAAAAAGUAUAAAGAAAUAAAGUGUUUUUUAAAUAUUGAA